AUGAGUGAUCUCUCCUCCUCAGCCUCGACAUUAGCUGUCGUCCCCACCAAGCAGGCGACUCUGCUUCAGUGCAUGCUGGCAGGUGCGAUGGCUGGAACGGCGGUAGAUACUGCCCUCUUCCCUCUGGACACACUCAAGACGCGCCUCCAGUCCAAGGCUGGAUUCGCGGCAUCGGGAGGAUUCAGAGGAGUCUAUUCUGGCUUGACCAGCGCCGUCAUCGGAAGCGCACCUGGUGCUUCGAUGUUCUUUGUUACUUACGAGGGACUCAAGAAGACAUUGACUACAGUCUUGCCCGAUCCCCAACAUGCCCCCAUGGUCCAUAUGAUGUCUGCCUCUGGUGGAGAGAUCGCUGCCUGCUUUGUUCGUGUUCCGACUGAGGUGAUCAAGCAGAGGAUGCAAACCAAGCAGUUCACAACUACCUCUGCUGCCUUCAAAUCUGUCAUCCACAACGAGGGCAUCUUGGGAUUCUACCGCGGAUACUUCAGUACCGUCGCGCGCGAGAUCCCCUUCACAUGCAUCCAGUUUCCAUUAUACGAGUACAUGAAGAAGACAUACGCAUUCGCAACCCACAGACAAGUAGUCGACCCAUGGGAGGCCGCCAUUUGCGGAUCGAUUGCAGGAGGAAUCGCCGCCGCUAUCACAACACCUCUGGAUGUCAUCAAGACACGUCUGAUGCUCAGCCAACGGAGCCCUGUCGGCGCGGGUGGAGCUCCAUCGAACGCAUACUACUCUGGAAUCAACUCGACAUUUAAGCGUAUCCUUGCUGAGGAAGGUCCAAGGGCCUUGUUCUCGGGUGUCGGACCUCGUGUUAUGUGGAUCUCGAUUGGUGGAAGUAUCUUUUUGGGCGUUUAUGAGAAGGUCAAGGUGGUUGUCGCCAGCCGGGACAACUAA